GUAGCCCUGUCAGCCCUGGCAUGCUGCUUGAGAGAAUUUUUGCUUUUUUUUUGUAAAUUAAAUUAAUGCAUUAACAAUCUCAACGCAGAACGCUCGGAACUGCAUUAUUGAAUAGACGUCGGCAGAGGGCAUCGCAUUCAAAUUACUCACUCACACUAUAUAAUAAUUGAUUGAUCGGACAAUGAAAACAACUAAUAUCGGAUUAUAUGCAUUUCGUUUAACUUUCGGUCAGGCACCGCCGCUGUCCGCGCAGGCCUCGACACACAGCAGCCAUGCGUUCACCACCAGCUCGUCGGCGCCCAACCGUGUGGUGACCCGAUCUGCCACGAUGUUGGCCCUGUUUGGGAUUGCGCUCUCCUCGUUCAGCCUGAAGCAGCUGUUGUCCAAGAAGCACAACAAACACAAUCCGCUGCGCAAGCUUUAAACGUUGAUAGAUGAGGCUCAUCUUCUGUUAGAUAGUAUUGUUGUUGGCCAUGUCGUCCUCUGUUCGCUCGCCAUACAUUCUCAGUUCUCAUUUCACAUCGUAGUGUAUAUUUCUUUAUGUUUAAGUCAUCAUCAGCCAAAAACCGAUAGCGCAGCGACAUGGCAACAACAAUGACGAGGAGUUCAUAUUAUUAUUAUGAUUAUUAUAUAUUUUGAGACGGAUGGGAUUGAAUGUGUAUAUAAUUACUUGUUCUUCAUACAUACAACAAACAAACACACACAUACUCAAGAAACACAAACAUAUACGUGAACGCGUCGCCAACAGAAAAGGAAUAAAAAUUGUGAUAGUUACUAAUGAACAUGAUGAUGAUAAGGAUGAUGAUGAUGAUCGACAGGAUCGAGAUGAUGUUGCAAUGAAUUGUUGUUGAUGAGCGCAUCCUAUGGAAUCCCAAUGUAUAUUCUAUAUAUGUAUGUUUUCAAAGUCUCUGUCAACAAGUCCUAUUAUAUACAUAUAAGAUCUUUUAGUUAAAUUCUAAAUUUUAAACAAAACAAGCAACCCCCUAAAAGAAACGACUAAGUGAAGAAUUAUAAUACAACAUAUAACAAUAGCAACAGGAUAAAUAAUUGCCUAAUAAUGGUCUGCAAUUAUGGGCGAAAGUAUCCAAGUUUUGUAUUAGUUUUAGUUCAAUAUUCAAAUAAACCGCAUUAUUAUCGAAA